UGCGCCGGUGCAGAUGUCCGGAGCCUCCCUGGGUCUGCGGACCCACUCACAGCGGAUGCGGAGCCGGGAUGAGGCGCGUGCGGCUGCCUUUAGUACGGCUUCGGAUCGUCACGCAAUCUGCGCGGAAAAGUCAGUGAACGCACCGGAGUCACGUCGGACCCGGACUGUGCGGACCCGGACCUGGACCCGGAUAAGGACCCGGUGGUCCCGGAGCGUCUGUAGGCAGUGUGUUUGGAAAGGCUGGGCUGUGGACUGUUGCUGCUCGGCUCUUUGUGCUGCACCGAAGCUUUUUCCAUUUGGGAAGAAAGACCUCCAAGAUAGAGUCCCUCAGGAAUAAAGUGGACUUGCUGCGCCUCCCUCUGGCCCUCUCCUCCAGAUCCAUCACCAACUGCAAGAGCCAGCUGGGCGUGGUCUGGGAAAAGGGAGGCGGCUCUGGGGCAGGAGGGGCUCGGAAACCCCGCCCACCGCCAGCCUCCGACAUGGACAAUGAGUCGACGUACUCUGGCUAUUCUUACAAGUCGUCCCACUCGCGCAGCUCCCGUAAACACAGAGAGAGACGGGACAGGCAUCGCUCCAAGAGUCGAGACAGCAGCAUCCGAGACAAGUCGGUGACCAUCCAGACUCCAGGAGAGCCGCUGCUGGAUGCAGAAUCCACCAGAGGAGAUGACAGGGACGACAACUGGGGUGAGACCACCACAGUGGUCACGGGCACCUCCGUGGACAGCAUCUCCCAGGAGGACCUCACCCGGGUCUGCAAAGACCUGGAGGAUUCUGCGCCUCUGGAAUGCCGUCGUUACCUGGGUCUAGCAUUAGGGGGCAUCUUGGGCCUCUUUGCCUUCCUUACGCCCCUGGCCUUCUUGGCGCUCCCUCAGCUCCUGUGGCGGGACUCACUGGACCCAUGUGGGACGCCAUGUGAGGGUCUCUACAUCUCUUUAGCCUUUAAGCUCCUCAUCCUUCUCAUCUCCACGUGGGCGCUGUUUUUACGUCCACCAAGAGCCACUCUGCCGCGCUUUUUUGUUUAUCGCUGCCUGCUGCUGGUGCUCGUGUUCCUGUUCGUGGCGUCUUAUUGGCUCUUCUAUGGUGUGCGGGUACUGGAACCCAGGGAGACGGACUACAGGGGGAUUGUGGGAUAUGCAGCGUCUCUGGUGGAUGCGCUGCUGUUCAUUCAGUACCUGGCGCUGGUGCUGCUGGAGGUCCGACACCUGAGGCCGGCCUUUUGCUUGAAAGUUGUGAGGUCUGCAGAUGGAGCCAGUCGAUUUUACAACGUGGGGCAUCUCAGUAUUCAGCGGGCUGCAGUGUGGCUUCUACAGAAUUACUACAGAGACUUUCCAGUUUAUAACCCUGCCCUUCUCAAUCUGCCAAAGUCCAUCCUCUCUAAGAAGACGUCUGCCUUCAAGAUCUACAACCUAGGGGAAGAGAACAGUACCAGUAACUCUACAGGACAGUCCAGAGCCAUGAUCGCAGCUGCUGCUCGCAGACGAGACAACUCCCACAAUGAGUACUACUAUGAAGAGGCCGAAGUGGAGCGGAGGAUUCGCAAACGCAAGGCUAGACUGGUGGUGGCAGUAGAGGAGGCCUUCACCCACAUCAAACGGCACCAGGAUGACGAGGGUACUGCAUCUUCUCCCAAACACCCUCGGGAGGUGAUGGACCCUCGGGAGGCGGCGCAGGCCAUCUUUGCCCCCAUGGCGCGGGCCAUGCAGAAGUACCUCCGAGCCACCAGGCAGCAGUCGUACCACAGCAUGGAGAGCAUCAUCAACCACCUGCAGUUCUGCAUCACACACAACAUGACGCCCAAGGCUUUUCUUGAGCGGUACCUCAGCCCAGGUCCCACCCUCCAGUACCUGGACAACAGCAGGGGGCGCCAGUGGACGUUAGUGAGCGAGGAGCCAGUGACCGCCGCCCUGCGCCAAGGCCAAGUCUUCUGCCUGAGACGCCUCGACUUCUCCCUGGUUGUCACGGUGACACCGCUCCCCUUCCUGUCUUUGGGUGAAGAGUUUGUUGACCCCAAAAGCCACAAAUUUGUCAUGAAACUCCAGUCUGAGACAUCAGUGUAGGAGGAGAGUGAAGAACAGAAGAAAUGGAAGGAGGACACAUGAGUCAGAGGUUAUUUGCUAAACAGUGUAUUUUUUUUAUACCUUUACACCAUCUAGUAACUAUUUUUUGACCUCUGUGAUGUCGAAAUUAGAAAAGAUGACUGAUGAUGAAUCCAUGAAACUGUAGUCGGUCAAAGGAAGAAAUAGCCUGUUCCUCCUUUGUCCAGAAAAACAAGGGCUCUUCAACUGUAUGAUCAGAUGUGUUUCUCAUAAAGUCAAGUCCCUGCGACGGAAUUUGUUCAAACAUCGGUCUGGCACCAUCAGUAGAAUUCUGAUACAGGGGCAAAAAAACUCUGGGAAUUCUGGGUAGUUUAGUUGAUUUACCAUUUUGAGUGUAUGGUUGCAGUUGUGUGGUUGUUAUUGUUCUUUCUUAAAGCAAGGGGAACUUUGAAGAUGAGGAAGUCAACAACGCCUACUAUUCCAACAGACUCCAACCUGUGAACCAGACUAGUAGUGACGGCUGAAGUCUUACUUGGAAAUGCCACGUUUAUUUUAAGAACUACAUGUGGCUGUGUUAAGUGAUGCGAGUCAGGGCUGUCUUUACUUCUCUUUUCUUCUUGUUACUUCUCAUUUGAUAAUUAAGUUUGUAAAACUCUGAAAGUCCUGUUAUCUUCCCACAUUUAUGACCUGAAUACAGCGUCUAAAGCAAAACUGAACUGAAAAUGUAUUCCAUGUACUUCCCAUUUUUCAUUCCACUGAACUGUUUCACAACAGAACACGUGAAAACCAUUUUUUACUCUUCAGAAGUUUGAAAUAAGAAUUUCCAAAUGGUACAUGAAUACGCAAGUGUGGUAUUUCCUGGAUUGUAUUACCAACAAGAAUGUAGUUGUUAUAAAGCUAACACUGAUGUGAACAAAAAGUAGGCACAUUAUUUUACAGGUUUAUGUCUAAUAACUGUUAGCGUUCACAUUUGCCUUGAAUGAUAAGCUUAAUACAGCCAAUACGCUUCCUUCUUGUGCACUAAUAUUGAUAACUGAUUUAUUUUGUAUAAUGUGUGUGAGCGUAUGUUUAAAUGUGUGGUUGAGUGGCUGCAUAACUGUUCCAAAAACCUCCUGGUGUACUCCAGAUCAGUCGGUUUUAUGCAAUUGUUUAGAAUUUUUUACUCCUAAACUACAUUAACUAAGACAGGUCAUUCAUCAUCUAAGCUUACCACCAGGUUUUUAUGGAGGUUUUUGUACCUUUUUGUGUCAUUCAUACUUUUUUUGGUAACAACUGCCUCAAAUACAGAGAAAAAAGGCCAAGAGUUGUCCAACGUUUACUACCACAGACGACUCAAAGUCAUGAUAGGUUAACAUUUAAAAAGAU